AUGGUGGCGUUGAUGAUUCUCCUCAAGCUACACAACCCUCGAACGCCGCUGCUGGACGGUCUGAAGGCGAUGGACAGGCUAGGAAGCGAUACCGUUACCUACCUCUCUACCCUCCAGGCUCUCCUGGGCGCGUCGCCCCUGAUGUGCGGCGUGUACAUCCUGCCCUAUGUCAUGUCGAUAUCGCUUGCGUCUGCGGGGAUUGGAAUCCUUAACUCAAAAGUAAGAGAAGUAUCUGGGAUACAUAAUCCUGGGAAUGGCCAUCAUGACAACGGGAUUUGGCUUUCCAUCAACCUCGAGGCGCGUCCGGAUUGGGGCAAGAUCAUCCUCUUCCAGCUCAUUGCUGGAAUCGGAGCCGGGCCUAAUGUCCAGGGCCCCCUCAUCACACUGCAAGCAGCACUCGAAGGUCGUGAUAUAGCUGCAGCAACUACCAUGCUUGGGUUCAUGCGGAAUAUGUUCGCGUCGAUAUCCCUCACGUUUGGCGGUGUCGUCUUUCAGAAUGUCAUGCGAGACCAACACCCGCAGCUCGUUGCAGAACUGGGCUAG